UGUAUCAUAUACCAAGUUUAAUAACCUUCCAUUUUUCUCCUUCUUUGAAACCCAAAAAAGUAUCCCCAAUUUUUUUUGCUUAAAAUUCUUCUCCCAAUCCAAUAUUAUUAUUAAUGGCUGAAACAAACAAUGAGCAAUGCCUUGUACAACUCAAUCCUCCUCAAAACUCAGUUCUUUCCUUCAACUCUUCUUCCUUCCAAUCACUCUCCAAUAAUUCUCAUGAGGUUGAGUUGAUGAGCUGCAGUUUGGAUGAUCCUUUGGAAAGUUUGAAUUUGAUUGAUGCUGUCCAACGUCUAGGCCUCGAAUACCGUUUUCAAACUGAGAUUGAUGCCAUUUUAGAACACCAUUAUGCAAUUUUUGUAGACCACGACGGUGAUUGUAUGAAUGACAAUGACCUUCAUGAAGUUGCUCUUCGCUUUCGACUUCUCAGACAACGAGGUUAUUUUGUAUCUUCAGAUGUGUUUAAUAUUUUCAUGAACGAGGAUGGACAUUUCAAGCAGAACCUUGAGCAUGAUAUCAAAGGAUUAAUGAGUUUGUAUGAAGCUUCACAAUUAUGCUUACCAGGAGAAAAUAAACUCAACGAAGCUCAAAAUUUUAGCUCCAAAAUCUUAAGAGAAUACAUCACAAAUGACAAUAUUGAUAACAAAGAGGCUAAUCAUGUAGCAAGAACUUUGGCAAAUCCAUAUCAUACAAGCUUCUCAAAAUUCAUGGUAAAAGAUUAUUUUGGAGUAGGAGAUGAUGAAUUAUUACAUGCGACAAAUAAUAAAUGGGUACAUGCUUUUCAACAAGUGGCUAAAAUGGAUUUCAACAUUGCCCAAAACAUGCACCAACAAGAACUAGUCCAAUUCACACGAUGGUGGAAAGAGACAGGUCUGGGAAAAGCAUUGCCGUUUGCAAGGGACCAACCUCUUAAAUGGUACAUUUGCUCGUUGGUUUGCUUGAUAGACCCAUGUUUUUCAGACGAAAGAAUUGAACUUUCAAAAGCUGUCUCCUUUGUCUAUCUCAUCGAUGAUAUGUUCGAUAUUUAUGGCUCGCUCGACCAACUUACGUUGUUCACCGAAGCGGUUAGAAGAUGGGAUAUUGCAAUGACCGAAGCACUACCAGAGUGUAUGAGAAUUUGUUUCAAAUCACUUUACGAUAUGACUAACGAAAUUAGUAGUAAAAUCUAUAAGAAGCACGGUUGGAAUCCUAUCAACUCCUUACAAAAAUCGUGGGCAAAGCUUUGCGAUGCAUUCCUAGUGGAAGGAAGAUGGUUUGAUUGUGGUGAAUCACCAAGCGCAGAAGAGUAUUUAAAAAAUGGAGUUGUGAGCACUGGAGUUCAUGUCGUGUUGGUUCAUGCCUUCUUUUUUUUAGGACAAUCAAUUACCAAUCAAACUGUUCAUCUUUUAGACAAUGACCCUCUAAUUAUUUCUUCUCCUGCAACCAUUUUGCGUCUUCAUGAUGACUUGGGAACUGCCAAGGAUGAGAAUCAAGAGGGAUAUGAUGGAUCAUAUGUGAAUUACUACAUGAUACACAAUCAGGAUGUUUCUGUCGACACAACUCGAAAGCAUAUGGCUAAUUUGAUUUCGAAUUCGUGGAAGAAUCUCAACAAAGAAUGUUUGUCGUUCAAUAGUCCAUUUCCUGCUGCUUUCAUUCAAGCUUCUCUCAGUAUUGCAAGAUUUGUGCCCAUUUUAUAUGGUUAUGACAAAAACCAAAGACUUCCAACUCUUGAGAAGCUUGUUAAAUCGAUGUUGUACGAAAAAGUGCACAUUUAAUUUUAUUUUAUAUGUUCAGUAAUAUACUAACCUUUGGUCAUCUACAUCAAAGUUCUUUUCAAAUGGUAACUCGACCUAUAAUGUAUUGAUCUCGAAAUUUAAUAAUGAAGUGUAAAGCGUUGAGUUCGAAAA